AUGACACAUCCAUUAUCCAAAAUAAAUAGACUUAAUCAUAAAUCAUAUCUAUUCUUUAAUCUAAUUGGUUUAACUAUAACUUCAUUAGCACUAAAUGCAAUUUUUUCAUUACCUUUACCAAAAGAAUUAGAAUCUGCAGGUCAUUUCCAAUUCUUAACAAAUUUAUCAUUAAUCUUCACCAUAAUAACUAUAUUAUCAAAUAUAAUAACUGUUAUUUAUCCAAAUAGUUUGAUAUUAGGGUUGAAUAUUUAUUUAAAUGCUAUAACAAUCAUCUUGGAAACUUUAGUUGCUUUAAUUUAUUGGAUUUUAAGAAUUUUUUUCAUUUAUUUAAUUAUACCUAAAGGUGUUAAACCUGAAAAUUUCAUACCAUUAUAUAUUGAUAUGAGUAUUCAUCUUUUCCCAAUUACUUUUUUAUCAAUUGAUUAUUAUUUAAUUAAAUUUAAAAAUUUUAAUAUUAAUUCCAAGAUUGUCUUUGGGUUAGUUAUUGGAUUAACUUCAUCUUAUUGGAUUUUAUUGGAAAGUUUGAUUAAACCACCUGCUUCAUAUCCUUAUCCUUUCUUGAAUGUGGAUACCAAGGAAAGAGUUAUCAUAUUUGUUAUUGUUGGUGUUUUUGGAUUUUUAUUUUAUCAAAUUUCAAAUAAUUUACAUAAACCUAUUCAAUCUUUAAUUUAUGGUAAACAAGUGGAAGAAAAAACAAAAAACAAUUAG